AUGUGUGGAAGCUCAAAUGACCUCCCUGAUGCCAUUGGUAACCUGUCACAGCUGCAGCACUUAGACUUGAGAAAGUGUGGAAGCUUAAAUAGACUCCCUGAUACCAUUGGCAACCUAUCAAAACUGAAGCAUUUGACCAUUACAGAGUGUGUAAACUUAAAUAACCUCCCUGAUACUAUUGGCAAUCUAUUGCAACUGCAUCACUUGAAUUUCACACACUCUGUGAGUUUAAAUAGCCUACCUGAUACCAUUGGCAACUUGUCACAGCUGCAACACUUGAUAUGGUGUGGAAGCUUAAAUAACCUCCCUAAUACAAUUGGUAACCUGUCACAGCAGCACUUAGAAUUGACAAAUUGUGGAAGCUUAAAUAGCCUCCCUGACACCAUUGGCAACUUGUCUCAGCUGCAUAGUUUGAGGUUGGGAGGGUGUAAAAGCUUGAAUAACCUCCCUGAUACCAUUGGCAACCUAUCAGAGCUGCAGCUCUUAAACUUGUAUGACUGUGAAAGCUUAAAUAACCUCCCUGAUACCAUUGGUAACCUGUCACAGCUGUCAAACUUGAACUUGUCAUGGUGUGAAAACUUCAAUAGCCUCCCUAAUACAAUUGGUAACCUCCCACAAUUGCAGUUCUUGGACUUGGGAGGGUGUAAAAGCUUAAAUAACCUCCCUGAUACCAUUGGUAACCUGUUCCAGCUGCAGGACUUGGACUUGAAAGCAUGUGUAAACUUAAAUAACCUCCCUGAUACUAUUGGCACUCUGUCACAGCUGCAGUACUUGAGAUUGGGACGUUGUGUUAGCUUAACUAGCCUCCCUGAUAGUAUUGGCAAUCUGUCACAGCUGCAGUAA